GUUGAUGAACGCGAGGAAGCUUCAACAAAAGACAAAAUGAAGCUCAAGAGGUUUCUGCUCCGAUACUUUCCUCCAGGUAUAAUCCUCGAAUAUGAGAAAGGAGGAUAUUUAAGGACCAAAUCAAUCGACCUUUUGGAUUUGACUCCAGAGACAAACCCAGAUGAGCUGGUGGCAGAGAUCAGACAGUCAGAACCUCUGAUCACUGAGUCCCGGGCUGAUCAGGUCAAAGAGCUGAUCCUUCGACUUCAGCAGAAACAGGGUGAGCAGGGCCACCACAGGUUCUGCUUCUUCAAGGAACUUAAGGCACACAUACUGCCACUGACAAAUGUAGCCUUUGACAAAUCAGGAUCAAGGUUUAUAACCGGGAGCUAUGACAGGACGUGCAGGGUUUGGGACACGGCCUCAGGCACAGAGCUGCACACACUCGAGGGUCACAGAAACGUGGUGUACGCAAUUGCUUUCAACAACCCCUAUGGAGAUAAAAUCGCCACCGGCUCCUUUGAUAAAACCUGCAAACUGUGGUGUGCUGAGACGGGCAAAUGUUUUCACACCUUCCGUGGACACGUGGCUGAGAUAGUGUGCCUGGCAUUCAACCCCCAGAGUACACUGGUGGCCACAGGCAGCAUGGAUGCCACUGCCAAGCUGUGGGAUGUGGAGACUGGGGAGGAGGUGGCCACUCUGACUGGUCACACUGCAGAGGUCCUCUCUCUUUGCUUUGACACGGUGGGAAAUCAACUCGUCACCGGCUCCUUUGACCACACAGUCGCCAUAUGGGACGUGUCUUCAGGAAGACGCGUCCACACAUUGAUUGGACACAGUGGAGAAAUCAGCAAUGUUCAGUUUAACUGGGACUGUUCCCUCAUCGUUACAGGCUCCAUGGACAAAACCUGCAAGCUGUGGGAGGCAGGCAGUGGCAAGUGUGUGGCCACCCUGGUUGGACAUAAAGAAGAGGUGCUGGACGUGUGUUUUGAUUCAAGUGGUCACCUCAUCGCUACUGCCUCUGCUGAUGGUACAGCGCGUGUGUUUAGUGCGACCACACAUCAGUGUCUUGUGACUCUAGAGGGCCAUGACGGAGAGAUCUCCAAGAUCUGGUUCAGCCCGCAGGGCAGCAGGGUCCUUACUGCCAGCUCCGACAAGACGGCUCGUCUGUGGGACGUUCAGUCUGGAGUCUGUCUGCAGGUCCUGGAGGGGCACACUGACGAGAUCUUCUCCUGUGUCUUCAAUUACGAGGGCGACACCAUCAUUACAGGCAGUAAGGAUAACACAUGCCGGAUCUGGUACUGAUCUCUCCCUUCACCCACCAGAUGCUCAGAGGACAUAUGCACCAACACAGCUUGAUUUUAUCAUUAACUGUUGGAUCCACUGAGAAUCCUUUUUAACUGUGGAUUACCAACUGAAACAUCUGGCGUUGUGAUGAGGUACAGCCUCGUCUACAGCAUCUGUGUAAGGUUAUUAAUGUUAUUUCAAAUCACAUAAUCAUCUCACUAACAUUAGUGAGAUAAUUAUCCUGCUGUACUGAGUCUGUGUGAAGCUUCACUGGUUCCCUGACUGUUCUAACCUUAUCUCAUAUUCUAUAUGUGAAUUUACAGAAUCUGUAGAGGAGGGAUGAGAUUUUGGGGCUGAAAAUCUUCUGGGUUCAAUUUUCUAGUUUGACCAAUUAUAUACGAGCAGGCUUUGGUUGCCCCGCAGGUUUAACAGUCCCUACAGAGCAAAAAAGGCCAAAACACAUUGACAGAAAUGCGUCGGCUAUUGGCUUUUUAAUUUAUCUGCACUCCGAUUCCACAAUUUAGUGUUUAUUGUUUUAUUAUUAGUUUAUUCAAUGUUUACUAACACCACAGGUUUGAGAGUCUCGCAAUUUCAAUACUACAUAUGUCCUGUACAUUUGGAGAAUUGACAAUAAAGCAAACUUUGAACUUUAAAUGCAGGUUGCUGUUAAUAGAGAUUAUCCAAAAUGUUGUCUGGACCUAAAAAACCUACAUGGCUGUGUUUUGUGUGGUACAAAACCCCCAAAAUAUUUGUCAUUGACCCCAGAGGCAUCAGAUGAUAGCCAAUAGGCUCCAGGAUUGAUGCCAACCUGACCAGUAAUUCAAGCUUUACAUCGACUGUGGAAACUUCACUCAUGAAAUAUCAUCUGAAGUACUUUGAAUUCUUCAACAACAUGUUUUGAACAGCGUUUGGAAUCAAGCUAUGUGGAGAAUCUAUGCAUGUUUAAGCCAGACUCUCAAAUAUUGUUACUGUUUAAUAGAAAAUGUUUCUUUAGAUUUCCCUGUAGUGAUAAAUGGGCUCUAAGGUAUAUGUUUUGUGUAUGUUUCACAUUCAUGAAUUGAUCGUCAGCCAACAGAAGUUAUCUGAUAUUUUUGUUCCCACUUCCUUGUAUUUCUCUGUGACUUGUCCUAAGUAGUAUUUUCAGAGCACAACACAAUGAUUAAUGUUCUCAGUAGCUUCUUAACUGUAACCAAAAAAGCAGUAGAGCACAUACCUCCGCCAAGGCCCAGAAUCAACAAAUUACACACACUGAUAAAUAUCCACCAAGAUCAGAUAAAUAUCAGCUCCUUAAAUGUGAAAGAGUUUUUCAUUAGUCCCUUGGAAGCCUGUAUCGCACUGCAUCUGUGAGAACUUGGCAGUACAAUGUGAUACUGGUGUGAAUAAAUGCGCUGCGAACCAGUGUUCAUUGCCUUUCUGCUAAGAAU